AUGGUACCACGGCUCAGCAGUACGGGGUUGGUUUGGGUUGUGUUUUUUUUGCUGGCAUCGUGUGGUCUACCGGGUGUGCACGGGGAUCACAAUUCCGUGCGGAAGGCUCGCGAUGCAAACGAUCGCGAUCUUGUUGCCCCGCUCGAUAACGAUGCCGAUGAUGAUGAUCCACGGUGCACGAAUGUGGACAUACGCAACGAUUUGCGACGGCUGGCCGAUAUCGAAAAUUGCACCGUGAUAAGAGGCUUCCUUCAGAUGGUUCUGCUCGAUCGUGUCCCGGCGUCGGAAUUUGAAAAGUACAGCUUCCCAAAGCUAAGAGAGGUGACCGGCUAUAUGCUCUUCUUUCGCGUCAUCCAUCUUUCCACGCUGCGCCGACUGUUUCCCCAGCUGGCGGUCAUACGAGGACAGCAGUUGAUCGGUAACUAUGCGCUCGUGUUUUACUACAUGGAAAACAUGAUCGAGGUUGGAUUGAAAAACCUAAUUGCCAUACAGCGAGGAUUCGUAUAUACACUUCACUGCCCUCAACUCUGCCAUCUGGAUACGAUCGAUUGGGCAGCAAUAACCGGGCUGGACAACAGUACGAAGAAUCUAAACUCGUUCGAAACACCAAAAUCCGUGUGCAACAAGUUUGAGGUGUGCCGAUUCUGCGAACCGAAGUUCUGCUGGGGAAGCGAAAGCUGCCAAAAGUUCUACAAGGGAUACAAUUUCAGCGGUCGAAUAAAAUGUCAUGAACAAUGUAUUGGAGGCUGCACGGGCAAAUUGGCAACGCAAUGCAACGUUUGUCGUAGUUUAAAGGAGGGCAAGAAAUGUGUGCCACAAUGUUCCGUUGAUAGGCUAAUGUUCCGGCCUACAAAGCGCUGCGUUACGAAGGAAACCUGUUUGAAUCGGGGUGGGUUGCUGUUUAAGGACGAGUGUGUGCUUGAGUGUCCGGCAGGAUACAGUACGACCAACGUCGACCAAGAGCAGGCCGAUUUUUCCAUCCACCAGUGCUAUCCCUGCCAGCAUCGCUGUCCGAAGGUGUGCGACGGCACGGAAAUAAUGUACCUGUCCGAUGCGGACCGUAUGCGCGGCUGUACGAUCGUCAAUGGGACGCUUCACAUUCGGCUAACCGAGGAUCAUCCGAAUCUGCUCGAAGAGCUGCGCAACGGGCUCGGCGAUAUUGAGGAGAUCAUGGGCAUCCUGAAGGUGUUCCGUUCGAAUUACAUCUCUUCGCUCGAGUUUCUGACCAAUCUGGAAAUUAUACACGGCCAGUACACGACCGACAAUUCCAACUUUUCGCUAAUGGUUUACGAAAACAGCAACCUGCAGCGGUUGUGGAACUUUGAGCACAAAACCUCGCUGCGGUUCCUUUCGGGCAGCAUGUACUUCCGCAACAAUGAGCUGCUGUGUAAUUCGCACAUUAAGCUGCUGCGCAAAAUCGCCGAGUACGACAACGCGAGUGACACGAUCGAUUGGAACUCGAACGGGUAUAUGCAGGCGUGCCAUGUGCAACCGUUUCUCGCCCGGUCUGAGGUGCUGUCGAGCCGUAACGUGACGAUUUACUGGUCGAUUCACAGUCCGAAGACACACCACCGUGUGCAGGGCUACUUGAUCUACUUCAUUCGCACGAAGGUGGACAAAUCGCCGUACGAGGGCCGGGACGUGUGUUCAAAGUUUGGCUGGAAAAUGCGCUACGUGUCGCUGGAGAACGUCUCCAUCGAGGGAAGCUUCUAUGCGUACAACCUGACCCGGCUGAAACCGUACACCCGGUAUGGGUUCUACGUGAAGGCGUACUAUAACGAAUCGUUCAACAGUGCCACCGAUCUGGUCGGGAUGUCCAACAUGCAAUACUUUAAGACGGCAAAAGAUCGGCCAACCUCACCGCUGCACGUGCGUACGGCCAGAAAGAGCGAUCAUUCGAUCACGCUCUCCUGGCAAAUACUGGAGUCGGAGAAAGAAAUGGUAAUUAUGUACCACGUGGAUGUGUUCAUACAGCCGGACGAACCGGCCAAGUUCGACCAGCGGAACUAUUGCAUCCAUCCACACGAACCGCGCCCCGUUCACCACGACCAGACUGUUGAAGGUUGUAACGAGGAAACGUGCUGCUGCCAGGAAUACGAGUUCGAGAAGGAGCUGGAAGAGGAUGACGAGGACGAUGAUGAUGAGCUAACCGCACCGGAUGAUUUCUUCAACGAGCAGCCGUCCAUUGAGGACGGUGGAGGACGUAUCGGAGGACGGAGAAAGAAACGUUCCACGAACGGCCAUACCCCGGAUAAGUUCGAGCUGAGUAUGCUCAAGCUGUUAAAAGAGACCAACGCCGCCGAAGAUCACAAUGCACGUCGUGCGCGCCGCGAAGCGUCAGACAAGAUAGUCUUUGUGAAUCGCGUUGUCGCGCUAGACUUCACGACGGACAACUUCGAGUUUACGGUCCCGGGGCUGAAUGCCUACACGCGGUACGUUUUCCAGCUGUUUGCGUGCAGUACGAACGACACCGUUUACUGUAGCGCGUACAGUUUGUACUCGGAUCGAACCAAUGCUUCACCGUACGCCGAUCGGCUGAAUGUUAGCAUCGAAACGGAAAUGUUUCCCGUCGCUUCCGACGUCGCUGGUGCUGUGAAUGGCACAACCACCUCGCUCAUUCAGACGACGUACGAUGAUCGUAUCGUGCUGCACUUUCCCGAACCAACCAAAGUGAACGGACUGACGGUGGCUUAUCGUGUCGAGAUGGAAGCCAUCAAUGGUACGUACCUAAAACGCCGUGGCGAAUGUUUCACGAGACUGCAACACGAACUAAACCACCAUCGCUUCACGCUGCUCAACGUAAGCCCCGGAGAGUAUUUGGUACGGGCACAGGCGGUCUCACUCGCCGGGCCAGGACCGUUCACCGAAUGGCUGGUUGUCCGGGUGCUGGAACCACCUCCCAGCACACAAUCGAGCGCUAAUACGGAGCUUCGUGAUGGAUUGAUUACACUCGCAGUGCUGUUCGCGCUUGGUGUUGCUUUGGGUCUGCUUUACUUAUGCCGUCAUCGAAUGCCGUCGUCGUGCCGUCUGCGCCGUGUGACGGAACGGGACGAUAAGAUUCCGCUCGCAAUCAACGACGGCAAUCAGAUUAAUUUCGACGAUGGGUUUGUAAACUGCCCAUUGAAGUGA